AUGGCCGAUCUAAGAAAUAAUGAAGUAAGUGUUACACCACUUGAAGAAGUAAAAAAUAAGUGGAGCAAAUUAAGAAACUGCUUCACCAAUGCCUUAAAAAGACGCCGCAAGAAAAGUGGACAAACAGCAGCUAAAGCAGUUCCUUGGAAAUUUGAAAAGCAAAUGGGGUUUCUGCUCCCAUAUGUCGAAGGGAGAUCUACAGUUACAAAUUUAAGUAAAUCAAAUGAUGGCGAUUCGACACAAGAUUUCGAAUAUCAAUUUUCUGAAGAAUCUGCGGUUUCACUUCCUCCUACCAUUCGUUCUCCCACUCCAGGGACCUCCCCUUUAAGGCCAUCUAUUGCAAGAGCAUCUACUCAAAAUUCUAGUGCAAGUUUUACCACGAGACGUAUAGACAAAAAUGAUAACGACAAUAAUGUAUUAAAAGAAAUGGUUAAUGUACCUACUGAAAAAAAAACACAGGAAAUGAGGCAGAAGAGAGCAGUAUCAGAUACCUAA